AGUGUAUAUUUUGCUAUGGCAAUGUAUGGUAACCAUGACAAAAGUGUCAGUCAUAUUGAUCAAACUAGGGACUUCGUUCUUUGACUUCGUUGAUCAAUCUCUUUGAAAUCCAGUGUAUUUAUUUAGGCGUGUUUUAAUAAUAAGAAUGGUAGUUAUUCACAUAAAAAAUAAAGAUGAGAGUCAGUUUCUUUACCAAACAUCACUGGCUACUUCUGUAGAUGACUUAGUUAAAAAUGUCGCUCAAAUAUACAACGGGAGGUUGAAAAUACAAAGGGUGUGCAUGGAGAUGGAAGAAUUGGCUAAACAUGGUACCCUAUACCCUCCAGAGAUUCUUGGCUUAACUGACGACCAAGUUGAGGAACUGAAACUAGUGGAUGAAUGGGGCGAGAAAUGUAUCCCCAGUGGUGGUUUUAUUUACAACAGAGAUGAAAUAGGACGAAGAAAUGGAAAACAGCCCAAAAAAGAGAUGCAAGAAGUCUUAAACAAAGCAAUAGCCGAUGCUAAAGAGAUGAUAAGCAAGAAUAUAGUACUACAAGGGAAAUGUUUGACGAUGAAGACCGUUCAAGAAGCCCUAAAUCUCCUAAAAGGAGCAGUUUUGAUCGUAUAUCCCAUGAAAUUACCCCCGCAUGAUGUGAUACGUAUGGAGUUCGAGAAUAUUGAAGAUCUUAGUGGUACCCAAGCCUCCUUGGAUAUUGUCGAUCCAGCUACAGCUCAAAUGUGGUUUUGUGGCAAAGAAAUGUACAGGGAUGGAAAAACUGUAGGGGAUUAUGUAGGGAAAAUCGAAAAUUGCAAGGUGAUUAUGAAACUGUCAAAACGUGGUGAUGGUGCACCCGCAAGAGAACCGAUCAUGUCGGAAGAUCAGAGGAAGCAAAUCAUGAUGCACGCUUACAGAAGACAGGAAGAGCUCAAAAAACUCGAUCAAGAUGAAGAUGACAAUUAUCUAAAUUCUGAAUGGGCUGACAAUUCUAAUUUAAAAAAAUCAUUUCAUGGGUUGCACAACAUUUCUUGGCGACCUUAAUAUUAUGGCGAUCCAUAAUAUUAAUUAGUUUUAUAAAUACAGGGUAAAUUAGAUUUACCUGACGAUAACAGAGUUUGCAAAAAACACAUUAGUAAAAUAUUACUUUUUGUAAGUGUUUUCAUAAAAAUAAUUAUUGAGACAACCUCUCUGAAUUUUGACUUUAUACAGGGUGGUCUUAAAUAAGUAACAAUAUUUUGAGGGCCGAUAGAUCUUGAUAAAAAAAACAUAUUUUCUUUUUACCGUUUAACAUAUUUUCUUUUUACCGGUUAAGUCCAAAAUAACGGAGUUAUUUUAUUUUGAAAAUUUCCAAAAAAAAAUGAUUUUUUGCUCCAAUUUUGAGAACCACUAAAUCUUUCUGGGUUUCCUUUCUUCAAAAUUUAAUCUACGACCUAUGUUGCCACAUUAUCUGUAAAUUAUAUAUUUUAAUUAAAAACUAAAAACAUUUCCAUAAUUUUUUUUAAAUUCGAAAUUUAAAAAAAAAUCGCGACAAAAAUCUUAUAAUCGUGUUUCUGGGAUUUAAAUAUACUACCUACUACCUCUAAAAUAUCUGCACUUAUUUAAGACACACCCUGUAUAAAACAUAUAGAAGGAAAAGUUUUGUUUAAA